AGCGAAGAGCGUGUGCGUGUGUGUGACUACUGACUAGUGUCCACCGUGAAAGUUGCGCAGGCAGAGCUUGGAGAAAGCGAUUCGUCGACGAUUUCUACCGGAAAAAUAAAAAAAAUAUCAGAUUCCUAGGUUUUCCCCCGUCGCGUCAAAGCCGUAGAAUUAAAGCUCAUUCCUCGUUUCUCUCUCGUGGAGUGUGGUUUCAGAUGAGAUGAAGAAAGACGAGAAGAAUGGUUCUACGGGAAGGACCGUUUCCACUAGGUCUCUAGCUGUAGCUUCCUCUGCCUCUGCAGAUAAAGAAACUUCUGGUUUGGGUUUGAGGAGGUCCGCCCGUGGAGGAGCAUCGUCUACCUCUAGUACAGCUAAGUCAGAGGGACGGACUCCAUCACCUGUUUCAGUUUCGAAAAAGUCUGGUAAAAUCGAGAAGAAACACAGAGCAAGUCCUCUGAGGAGGUCCAACAGGGGAAAGAGUGUUUCAUCUGAUAAGCCUGGCAGGGACGCUGACACUUCAGCCUCGGAUGUUGCGGAGAGCAAGGGCAGAGCGAUGGACGACGUAGAAGAUUUGACAGUAGGGGAGGUGAAGAAAUAUGUGCCUAAGAUGACAGGCCGGAGUUACAGGGCCUUGUAUAGAGGGCAUCUCAAGGGGAAAGCUAAUGCUUCUUCUAAUGAUGACGAACUUGUUGUGCUUGGUUGUUCUCGCCGAGUUCCUGCUGGAAAUGAUGAUGCCAGAGACGUUAACCGUUCCCCACGUGUGAAUUCAGAGUCUAAAGGGGUGCUAGUUGGCGGAACUAGUUUAGCCAAGAGCCCCGAUUUUGCUGUGAAACUAGCUAGGGUUACAGAAAGCAUGGUGCUUGAUUCAUCCCCCGUGGUUGGGGAUGGCAGUGUUAUAGGUCCGCAAUCUGAGAAUCCGGAAACGCAGAAGGUUCCCGUCAGUGCAACUAGCUUAGAAACCGACAUAGAUUUGCCUCUGAAAAGAAAAAGGGACACUGCAGGAAUUGUGAUGGAUGAAUGUGCAAAUGCAGAUGACCGCAUUAUGAGUUCUGAUGGGGUUAUUCCAUCUCCACGCCGGCGCACAAAUAAUAGUCAACCUAAAAGUCGGGGCACAUGUCAAAAAGGGAAAAAGGUCAGCGAUGAUUUUGAAAAUCUGCGUGUUUCCUCCUGCAUUGCUCAGCCAGUUCAAGAACCUGAUCACUUGGCACAGGAAUCUGGACCCGCUUCAAACAGAGACUGUGGGGAGAACAGGCAUGAUACGCGACAAGAUAAAUCAUAUGACCCCAAAUUGUCAUCGGUGUACCCAGAGUAUUGGGUUCCGGUGCAGCUAUCAGAUGUACAGAUAGAGCAAUACUGUCGGACUCUCUUCUCCAAAUCUCUAUCUCUUUCUUCACUGUCGAGGAUUGAUCUCGAAGAAACUCUCACUUCUGUAAGGAAAACUUGUGACCACCCAUAUGUUAUGGAUGCAUAUUUGAAACAACUGCUCACCAAUAAUCUGGAGUUGCGUGAACUCGUGGAUGUAGAAGUCAAAGCAAGCGGAAAACUUCACCUACUUGAUGCAAUGCUUACUCAGAUAAAAUCAAAGGGUUUAAAAGCAGUUGUCUUCUACCAGGCAACACAAAGCCCUGAGGGGCUUCUGCUUGCUCAUAUUCUGGACGAUUUUGUGGGUCAAAGAUUUGGUCAGAAUUCUUAUGAGCAUGGGGUCUGUCACUCAACGAAGAACGCUAUAAAUAAUUUCAACAAGGAGAGUGAAUGUUUUAUUCUGCUUUUGGAAACACGUGCCUGCAGUCAAAGCAUCAAACUGUUGCGGGCUGAGACGUUGAUUCUUUUUGGAAGCAGCUUGAAUCCAUCGCAUGAUGUUAAGCUCUUAGAGAAGAUCAAGAUCGAGUCAUAUUCCGAAAGAACUAAAAUAUUCCGGUUGUACUCAGUAUUUACAGUGGAAGAAAAAGCCCUGAUUCUGGCUAGGCAAAAAAAGUCUCUGGAAAACCUAAGCCGUCCUCUCACACAUGCACUGCUCAUGUGGGGGACUUCAUAUUUAUUUGAUAAGCUGGAUCACCUCCAUGGAAGUCAAACCCCAGAUUCAGGAGUUCCAUUAGAGCAAUCUAUCAGGGGCGACGUGAUUCGUGAGUUCUCGUCCAUACUCUCUUCCAGUGUUGGAGAAGGAAAUGUAGGCAAGCUGUGUCUACUCUUAGAAGCCAAGCAUACCCAGGGAACUUACAGCACUGAGUCUACUUUGUUUGGUGAAAAAUAUGUCGAGCUGUCAGAUGAAGUUAGUCCAAAUAUAUUUUGGGCAAAGCUGUUGGAUGGAAAGAACCCUAUGUGGAAAUAUCAUUCAGAUACUUCACAAAGGAGUCGAAAAAGAGUACGGCAUCUUCAGGUCUCUGAAGCGACUGCCAAACUUGACGAUGGCAAAAAUACAAAGAAGAUAAAGAAGGCUUCAGAUUACGAUGAAGGAAAAGCCUCAGGGAAGGAUCACAUGGGGGAUUUGGAGUCACCAAAAGUCACAACAUUCCAGCCAUCAUGUGGAUCUGCUUCUGGUAUGAACGAUGCAUUUAAUGGAAAAGAUGCUAUUGGCUUGUAUUCUGAAGGCGGUCAUAUAUCUAGAAUCCCAGAGGAUAUGUUUGCUGGCAUUGAUUUGAGACAAACUCCGGGCGAAUCACAGAAGAGUCUCCAUGCUGUCUUAAAGCCGCAGAUAGCAAAACUUUGCCAAGUUCUGCAUCUUUCAGAAAAUUUGGCACGCAUGGUUGAAAACUUUCUUGAAUAUAUUAUUGAAAACCACCGUGUCUGCAAAGAGCCAGCUUCAACAUUGCAGGCAUUCCAGAUAGCCUUGAUUUGGAUUGCAGUCUCGUUCGUAAAGCAAAAGUUUAAUCGUGAAGAAUCUCUGGUCCGCGCAAAAUCGGAAUUAGGUUUCAAUUGCUCUAGAGAAGAGGUGGAUUAUAUAUAUUCUUAUUUGUACUGCAUGAAGAGUCUAUUCGUGGGGCGCACACAAGGUUUCCAGGAAAAGGGUGAAGAAUGCAUAGCUGAGAAGAGAGGUAUCCAUUAUAGCUCAGUAACAAAGGAUGUUGAAAAGACUAUUAGCGACAUCAAAAAGAAAUGCUGUAAGAGCCUGCGUAAGCUUGUACAAACCCUCGAGGAAAAAAAGAUGGACCUGAUGAAUAGGAAUGCUGACAAGAAGCAGGAACUUCAAAAUUGUAAAAAGGUGGAAGCAUCAUUUAUUCGUGUCACCUAUUUAGGUAUAGGUACUCAGAGCUUACAUGAUGCUCUCCAACGGCUGGAACAUACUUUUGAAAGAAAAUUUGAUGAUCUCAAAAGAGAGUUGGAUGAAUGCCUUGAAAGUUUAGAGAAGAUAUACGAGGCUACAAAGAAGAAGUUGGCUGAGGACGAAGCCUGUUGGAUUAGUCGGAUAGAGAAAUGGGCACUAGCUGAAUUAAGAAAUGGUGCUCCCAUCCAAAGUGGCAACAACAAGCAUUUUAGUGGAUUAUUCUCAUCAAAUGCUCCUGAUGUACACACUUGCAGUGAUGCCAGGGGUGAGGCUACUUAUGCUGAAACGAAUUGCAUGGCUUCCAAGGGAAGUCAAGUGCCAGAGGCAGAAACCACAUUAAGAACCAUGUCGGGUGGCAGCACUCAACAAGUUCAUGAAAUGGUGGCUUCAAGAAAUGACAAGGCGUUGGAUGUCUCUACCUUGUCUCAUGAACAGCGUAAAGACAUUGUGGCUUCAACGAGCCAGCCCAAUGAGCACCCUUCGAUCACUGCGCCUCAGAUUUUAAAUCCUGCUGGCUGUCAAGAGGAAUUUGCGGCCUUGAACGUGCAGUUGCCAGAAUACCAGAUUCGUGACAAAGUGACAUCAGCGACACCAGAUGAAGAUGUUCCCUCAAGGGUGCCAGAGUCUACCUCUCUCGACUCUUCUUUGAAUAGAGAGGAGGCUUUGGUUUCAGUAGAAAAUGAUAGAACAAUUCAAGCGGGCUCCAAUGCGGACAACAGUUUGGACCAGCAUAAUGAGGAAGCUUGUUCUCUUGACAAGGAGAUUCCUGACGAGUUAGUGUUGCCUCUGCCACACCCUGCGUCUUUGGUAAAGACUAGGGGCUCUGCUGAAUAUGAUCAGGUGGAUCACGAGAUAUGUCGUAUGCCUUCUUCACCGGGAGAAAAGCAACCUGAUCCAGCAGAAAACUUUCAAGGCCGAAACAUUGAAUCAACAACUGAGGCUCAGCCAGCGGGAUCUCCUAUGCCUUGUGGAAAGCAAUCUGACCCAGCAGUAAACAUUCAGGGCAAAAAUAUUGAAACAGCAAUUGAGCCUCAGCCAGCUGAAUCUUCUAUGCCUUCUUCACCGGCUAGAGGCCAAUCUGACCCAGCAGAAAGCAUUCAGGGCAAAAAUGUUGAAGCAACUAUUGAGCUUCAGCCAGCUGAAUCUUCUAUGCCUUCUUCACCGGAUGACAAGCAGUCUGACCCAGCAACAAUCAUUCAGGGCAAAAACAUUGAAACAGCACUAGAGCAGCCAGCUGGAUCUCUUGUGCCUUCUUCACCGGCCAGAGGGCUAUCUGACUCAGCAGCAAACAGUCAGGGCAAAAAUAUUGAAACAGCAAUUGAGCCUCAGCCAGCUGGAUCUCCUGUGCCUUCUUCACCGGAUGGCCAGCAAUAUGACCCAGCAACAAUCAUUCAGGGCAAAAACAUUGAAACAUCACUAGAGCAGCCAGCUGGAUCUCUUGUGCCUUCUUCACCGGCCAGAGGGCUAUCUGACUCAGCAGCAAACAGUCAGAGCAAAAGUAUUGAAACAGCAAUUGAGCCUCAGCCAGCUGGAUCUCCUGUGCCUUCUUCACCGGAUAGCCAGCAAUCUGACCCAGCAGCAAUCAUUCAGGGCAAAAACAUUGAAACAGAACUAGAGCCUCAGCCAGCUGGAUCUCCUGCGCCUUCUUCACCGGCUGGACAGCAAUCUGACCCAGCAGUAAACAUUCAGGACAAAAACAUUGAAACAGCAAUAGAGCCGCAGCCGGCUGGACAGCAACCUGACCCAGCAGAAAAAAAUCAGUGCAAGAAUAUUGAAGCAGCAGUUGAGUGUCAGCCAGCUGGAUCAGAAACAUUAGAGACCGGCGGUUUUGCUGCAUCAGAGCAGGGUGAUCAGGUUGCAUGUCAUUUGCCAACUUCGCCGGCUGGAAAUCAGCCUGAUUCAGGCGCAAAUGUUGAGAGCCAAAACAUAAGUACAUCAGCUGAGCCACUUAUAGCUGGUCCAGGCGUAGUGUCAGAUCAGGAACUAAUGGACGCUCAGGACGCAUGCUCUCUGCCAUCUCCAUCGGUUGAAACUCAGGCUGACUUAGCAGCAAACACUGAGGGCCAAAAUACUACAACAGCGUCAGAUGCAGUAGAGACUGAUAACGUUGCACCCCUUGUCCAUGAAGGUGUUGUGGAGUCUUCAGCAGGUGUAACAGCUCAUCUUCCAUCACUUCUUAACAACGCUACGGCUACUACGGGACAAAAUCCCGUUCAACAUGUUCCCCAAAUACCUUUCCCUGUGUUCAGUGACCCGUUUCAGCAUGAACUGGAGAAACUGCGAAGACAAUCAGAGAUCACAAAGAAGAUCUGUGAAGAAAAGAAAUCAAUCUCGAAAGCUAAUUUCGAGAGGAGGAUAGCUGAAAUACAAGAAGCGUAUCAAAGAAAGUUUCAUGAGGUAGAAGCUGAACAUGCAGCCAGAAAGACGAAGUUACAGACGAGGAAGAAUCUUGUUAUAAUGAACAAGUUCUUGUCGAGUGCGUUCUUGUCUAAAUGUACGAGCAGAGUCUCCUCUCAUUCCUCAGCAUCUCCAAGGGGUAGAAUCCAGCAGCUAGCACAGAGAGCAACACAAGUGAGCUCACCGAGAUAUCAUACUGCUUCAGCUCCUCCAGUUUCUCGCCCAUCAGACCUUCCUCCUCUGACUUCAGCGUACAGCACAAUGCCUCAGCCAAGACAGCCUCUCAUCUCCAAUACAUAUUCAUCUUCGUCAUUUCAGCAGCAAGAACAACAACAGAACUUGGGGAGUGGAUUGCAGAGGAGCAAUGAUGUGGUCUGUCUCUCUGAUGACGAGUGAUCUAAUCUCCUGGUGUCUAGGGUAUAACAGUUGGUUUAGAGUUGCAUAUAAAAAAAAGUAAGUUCCCUUUAAUACUGAAAAAAAAUAGUCUGUUAAUUGAUGAUUGGGGGCCAUCAUCAAAGUUUCUUAUUACCCUGUCUCUUGUAAAUGAAGCUUUCGUUUCCGUGAUCAAGUGAGUGUGAGGGUAGGUAGAGGUUUAGUCUCCCCCCUUUAGUUUAAAAGCUCUCAUCACAUAUGUCUAUGUUUCUAGGCUUUUAUAAUAUAUUUUUCUUCUCUUUA